UGGCAAAUUUGGAACCUAAACAAUUAUUCAAGUUUCCAUUCAGUAUAUUUGUAAGAAAACGAAACUAAAACUAAACAUGGCAAAUAACGUCAUUGACAAUGACUUGGUUUUGGCAUUAAUCGAUGAUGACGAAGAACUGAAUUUUAUUGUUGAGAUGAUAUUUGACGACGAGUUAGAAGAAGAUGCUGGUCGAGGAGUUCAUCCUAAUUAUUUGCACAGCCGCUCUUUUGACUNGUGGUUAGCCCUUGAAGAUCCCGACUUUUGUCAACAUUUUCGAAUGCCGAGAGCUACAUUUGAGUUGCUGACCGAAGCAUAUGAAAACCAUCUGCGGAAUAACCAACGGCUCAUCCGAAUCAGGACAAAUCUGAAAAUUGCGCUCAUGAUGGGAUUGUGGAUUCUGAUGACAGGAGAUACAUUUCNAAGUACUGCAAUCAAUUUUGGGGUGUCGAAGAGUGUGAUUUUUUUUNACUAUAUUGUGCUUAUUGAAGCUCUUCGUGAAAUGGCUCCAACAUACAUUUCCUGGCCUGAUGCUNUGGAACGUGAUGCUAUCAAAGUGAGGAUUGAACUGAAGUAUGGUUACCCUGGAGUUGUAGGCUGCAUUGGUGGCACCAAUAUUUAUGUCACAGCACUUCUGGCCCAACCAGCAGCAUAUAUCAAUUGCCAUCACAGCUAUUCUAUUUUAGCACAGGUUGUUAGUGAUGAUAACCUCUUAGUCAGGGAUGUGUAUGUUGGUGAGCCAGGGAGUGUAGGUGAUGCGAGAUGUUUUAGCAGAAGUCCCUUGUUUAGGAAUCUCACUUCCAGAUNAGANAUGAUGUCUGANGAUGAGCAUUUGCUUGGAGAUGGAGCAUACCCUAUCAGUAAUCGAAUUCUUACACCUUUUUUUGAUGAUGCUUAUCUCACAGAACGGCAAAGGCACCACAAUUACAUUUUAUCAAGGGUACGAUCUUCGGUGGAGAGACUUUUCGGGAUGUGGAAGUCCAAAUUUAGAAGAGUGAAGAACAUGUAUUCUUACAAUAUCCAUUAUGCAGUAGACCACAUUAUUGGGAGCUUUGUUGUCCACAACUUCAUCAUUCUACAAGAACUACGGGCUCAGGGUGUUUUUUAUCGUAAUCNCGGUGCUCAAGUGAAUGUAGUGCAGGCACCUGUGCCAUAUGACGCAGAACGUGCAAGANAAUUUGGAAUAAUGAAAAGAGAAUAUAUUGCUCACUUAUUUGAUGCUCAAGCAGAAGAAGAAUUAUGAAUUCAAUUUGGGGAAAGGGAUCGUUGGCUACAGAACUAUAGUGAGAGUAGAGUACACGUGAUUUUCUAUUUCUCCGCAUUUNUCUUCUAGAAGUGCACUUUUAUAUAUGAAAAUAAAUAUAUUAUAUUCAACUCUAGAAGAUUUUAAGUUAUUAUUAGACUUUAAGUCUUCAAAGUUUAAGAAAUAAAUNAAUUUUAUAAAUAUUAUAAAUGUACUAUAUAACUUCUCUUUUUCCAACUCUUGAAAAUAUUUUAAUCGACUUCUUUAAAUUUGUA